UAUGGCAGGCCGGAUAAACAUUCGUUUUCCUUAAACAAUCUUCUGUGGAGUUCAGAGGGGGGAUUUAAUCAGAUGAUAACAUGGUAUCUAGCGCAUAAAAUAGACACAAAGAUUCAAAGACAUCUCAACGGUGAAGAUUUACCAAAAUGAAAGGAUCUCCAACUCUAGAAGAGAAGGAAAAUAGUUCGAGAUGCUCAACAUUGGAUAGGAAUUCUAAAGAUAGAAGUAAUUCAUUUAAAAGUGAGAGCGGGAAAACAAGGGUUUUUAAAGUCAGAGAGGACGUGUAUUUAGUACAUAAUAACGUGGUUGAUAAAAACUUACUCAAAAGCAGCAUUUCAACCAAAUUAAGACAGAGCAUACCGGGAGAGCUUUGUAACAGGACAGAAGUUGUGAAUAAAUUAAGGAGAGAAAAUUUAAAAGAGUAUCUACGACUUUCUAGUCUGAAUAAAAAAUUCAGUUCCGAAAUGCAGAUGGAAAAGAAUCGUAUCAGCAAUGAAGGUCAUCAGCUGAUUAAACGCCAGGAACAGAUGAGGAGAAACAGCGAUCUGGUGCGGAGGAACCAAGAGAAAAUGAAAAUGGUCUUCGAGAAUCGGAAAACGCCAUCUUCUACGCUUCCUCAGAUUUCGCACCGAUCGACCACACCCGUUGCCAAGCGCGUCAUCGUUGAUCAUACCAAUGGAGAAACCGCUUUUGUCAAACGAAAUGACCGACCAGCUACAUAUCCCCGCGUUCCCAUUGAUAAGGAUGACCCAACUUUUAUCAAAGUCUUCAAGCAUAAUGGGGUUUUCUUACCUCAGAAUAGAUACCCGGAUAAACAUUCCAUUGCCAAACCUGAAAACAGUAUUUUGAAGAGAGGUCAAAUGCCAAUCACGCCUGACUACGAAGAUUUGACCUUGUCCAUGAAUGACCUUGACUUAGAUAGUAACCAAUCUUCACCUGCCCUCUCGCCAAAGGAAUUUUCGAAGCAAAAGUCGGCAAGACGAGUUACAUGGAGCGGAGUCGAUAGAGAGAAAACCGAAAAAUCAGCACCAAAGAGCGCAGUAUUUGUUCGAAAAACACCGGAGUUGUUUUCACCAGUUCAAGAUAAAAGAAGUGAUAUGAAUUCUACUCCAUGUAGUCAGAAAAGUUUUAAAAGUGACUCUGCAUUAUUCAAACACCAAUCCUAUAGGAAAGGAAGAAGUAAGAUUGAAACAAUAGGUAUCCAGUGGAAACUUCCUCCGGGUUCUAAGGUGGAGAGCUCUAGAUCAAGAUCUGCAGGACACCUUUCAAAGAACCUCAACCCUUGCUCUGCUGCUCUUGACAGUGAAGGGAUUUCCAUUACUAAAACGAAAUGGCAUGUUCCCCGGAUGCAGUCUUUAGAAUCGUAUGAACUUUAUAAGAUUUGGCUAGAAAAAUUGGAAAACCUUAAAACCGGGAAGGCUAGCGGAGUUCCGAUGGGUCCACGAAUCCAUUCUUCCAAUCGCAGCAUUAGUUUGACCGUUCCUACAAUGUCAGAAGCGCCUAAUGCUUCAUUGAUCACUGGGUCAAAUAUGUAAAGCAAUAUAACAAAGACUAACGAAUUGAAAGAAGUAAUACAGCGACCUCUUGUUCAGGGUUGGUCAUAAAGUUCCGAGAGUAAUUCAACAAAUCAAAAUAAUAAUAAUAAUAUCACUUUAAAA